CGCUUUCAGCUCUUUUUACACUCGAGUUCAUUCCUUGUUCACAAUACGAAAUAUCCACGUGAUCAUGGAAAAUGAAAAGAAAGUGCAAUAUCUUAUCGUUGAUACAAGCGCUUUCAUAAAGAAUGCUGCGCUGCAGGAUAUCGGAGUUAAUAUUUUGACUGAACAAGCUGUCGUCGAUGAAAUCACAAGCAAAAGGCAAUUGAGAAGAUUGGUUGUAUUACCAUAUGACUUAAAAGUUCAGGAGGUUUUCACUGAAAAUAUUAAAUUUGUGACAGAAUUUUCAAAGAAAAGUGGUGAUUAUACCAGUCUAUCUGCUACUGACAUUAAAGUAAUUGCACUCACUUACCAGUUGGAAAAAGAGAAAGUGGGAACUGCAUAUUUGAAAGAUGCUCCAACAAUAAGAACUAUUAAAUCUACAGCAGAUAAAGAAAAUGGAGAUGAUCCUAAAUUACCAGUUGGCUUUUAUAUGCCGAAGAAAAGAGAAAGGAAGAAUACAGAAAAUAAUAAAAAUGUAGAGGCUUCCUUAAAUAAAGUGGAAAGAAGAGAUGUUAUUGAAGAGAAUAUUACGCGUGUACAGAUUAUAAAUGAUUCUGCAGUAGAUAAUAUAAUAAAUAAUACGGAGAAUCUGGAAAAAUUCACUCAUGAAUCUGCAUCUUCAGAUGAGUCACAAGAUUAUGAAACAGCAGAAUCAGACACUGAAGAUAGUAAAACAGAAGAUUUGGCUGAUAAAUUUUCCAAACUAAGGUGUGAUCCAACAGAUUUAGAGGUAGAAGGUGAAAGUGAGAGCAAGUGUGUUGUAGAUGAUAUUCUUGCUCCUGUUGAUACAUCCGAAGAUGAGCAAAGUGAUGAGUCGAUCGAAGAUGAAGAUGAUGAAAAUGACGAUGAUGGCGGUUGGAUUACACCAGCAAACAUUUCUAAUGUAAAAAAGCAAAUGGAUUCGGAAAUUUUGGAAGAAAAAGCUGCGACUGUCGCGUGUUUAACAAUGGACUUUGCGAUGCAAAAUGUACUCAUGCAGAUGGGAUUAAACGUGGUUUCGUUGGACGGUAGAGUGAUUAAACAAAUGCGAACAUUCAUAUUUAGAUGUUACGCCUGUUUUAAGACUACUAGCAUCAUGACAAAGAUUUUCUGCCCACACUGUGGUAACAAGACGUUGAAAAAAGUAGAAGUUACAUUAGAUGAAAAUGGAAAACAACAAAUUCAUAUCAAUUUUCGGAAACCUCUCUCAGCCAAAGGAAAGAAGUUCUCGUUGCCAAUGCCGAAAGGUGGAAAGCAUGCCAACAAUCCUAUUUUAUGCGAGGAUCAACCGAUGCCGGAUCAACGUCCGUCACGUUUAGCCCGUAUAAAAAAUAAUCCUCUCGACGAUGAUUACAUAGCUGGGUAUUCUCCAUUUGUCAUGCGCGAUAUAAAUUCCAAAUCGGCUAUGUUGGGUAUAAGACCCGAUGGUGUUGUCAAAUACUGGAUGAAAAGAAAUCCUAAUGAAUCUAAAAAAAGACGAAAAUAAAAACAAUUUUUUUGUUAAA